GCUCCACCUCACCUUCCCUCCAAUUUGGCGCUCUAUCCAGGGUUUAAAAAACCCUGCACUGUUCCUCUUCGCCCAAUUUAAUGCGCACUGUGUUCACCGGAUUGAUCCAUAUGAGCGAAUGCGUCUAUAAAUCCGUCAAUCUUUCUCCCUCCAAUCACUCCAACCAUCGCCGUCUGCGCGUGGCCGAUAUUCUUCUCGAUCGUGCGGACGACGCCCGCAGCUGCGGCUGUGAUCGCACAGGGCAAACCAGCAUGGAUGGCGCAGGGGAAAGACUGCAAAAAAAACAUGAUUCUGCACCUAUUCAUUACUAUUCGCCUUGUCGGAUCGUUGAUCGGUUGUUGGCGAUGCUGAGACGGGGCAAAAAGCCAAGGGUUUCGCAGCAGAGGCAGAAGAUGCAUACAGAGCGGAGAGAAUUCAAACGUAAGUCUUUGUCCGAAAGCCGUUCGAUGAAUGGAUUAAACGGCAAUGAGGAAUCAGGACAACAUAGAAAUGAUACAUCUUUCAAGUUGGGAGUUACCUGGGGCUUGCUGUAUAUGAUUGCCGCAAGUAAGCAUGAGUUUAGCAGGAUGGUUGAGUUGCGGAAAGAAAUGGAAAUGCUUCUCCGACGCACGGAAGAGGAACUCCCCAGGAGAGAGACUAUUUUUAAGCCAUUUAAACCGACUGACGCACUGUCCUGUUCCAUCACUGAUAUGCGAGACGUUUCAAGCUCUAAUAGCCAUAUUUUUGUUCCAUCACGAUCAGGUCCAGAAAAAAAUACGGCUCAUAAUCAUGUUCAAGAGUGUAAGUUAAGUAAACAAGAUGAAUAUGUAGAAGGAAUACAUGGACUUGAGGCAGAACUUAAAGUUGAGUUAGAAAGGUUGGAGCUAUAUUUGGAUGAAGAAACUGCUUUCGAAGAUACUCAAGAAGAAAGGGUCAAGUUUUGUCGCCUUGAUGCGUGGACAAAUGGCGGUGCAGAAAGUCAAAUAUUAGCAUUACGAGUGGAACAUAUGGAUUUGAGCACGAGAAGCAACUGUACUAGUUAUGGUGAAAUAAUUGAGGCUCAAGAAGCAAGUACUGAUGUAUCUUUUGGAGUUCAUCCGAUUGAACUAGAAAGAAGGCUACAUGAACUACUUGAAGCGAGGCUUCAAGAACAGAUAACAGACCUGGAGUAUGCUUUAGAAUGCACUAGGCAGAAGGUUAUUGAGAAAGAAACAGAGGUUACUUGGUGGAAGGACACUGUGCGACUCAUCUCACAGCAUGUUCCAGAAGCCUCACGAUUUACUUUUCGGCUUGAUCCCAAGGCUGCACUUAAAUUGAAGGCUGAGUUUUGAGCUGUUGGAUACCUUGAGAAAGCAUGAUGUUGAUCAAGCAAGUGAGAUUGGGUAACUUCUUGUCUGCUGUUUAAUGGCCUCCUUCAAUUUUUAUUGAAGUUCUGGUUUGUCUGCUGAAGAAAGUGGUGUGGAAUGUGACCUGCAGAGGCUUUUGCGAUGACAAAUGAGACAAGGAAUGGCCAAAAAGAAGCUAAAAUGAUUUUUUUACCACUUAUAGGUGUGCUACUCAAGAUAUCUCAAAUAUCCCUGUAUAUUUCCUUCAAGUUAGGGAUUAAUUCAUGUGACUGUAAGCAGUGGAAUGUAAUUGUUUGGGUGAAAAUGUUUAAAAUGUUGUACUUGCUGAGUUUCUUGUAGAGAGCUGUGUGCUUCGAUUUCCAAUGGACUCACUCUCUCAAAUCUCUUGACACUGGCUCUUGCCCCAGCUCUUGGCGGCUUAGUUCUUUAGGAUUCGUUAUCGUGUUCAGACCAGAUGGAUGCAUUGUAAUUUUCUUCUACACUUGAGAUUAUUGUUGUCGUUUUUA